CAACAUGUAUGUAGUCUUAGUGUAAAUGAAGGAUGAUGCUAUAUGAUGGUUUAUUUAAAACAACAUGUAUUUACUUUCCUUUAUCUUGCAACGUUCCAUUGUGUAAGGCGGCAGCUCCCAGCAUUAGUCCACAAGGCAAAAGAAAAAAUCCUCCUACCUUCCCUUCAACCAGUACACCACCAAAGCAACCGUGUUUCUCCAAACCUACACAACCAACCUCUAAAUUCGAGAGACAAGCCAUGAAGGCAGCAGAGACGUGUGUGACACAAGUCCUUGAGAAACUAAAAACUCUUCCCAAGAAGGAAUUCAUUGACUACCUCAAGGGUAAAAUGACAAAGCUAAGGACAGGUGUUAAAAACAAAGUCUUAGUUGGAGUAUUUGGGAAGACAGGAGCUGGUAAGAGCUCUUUGAUAAAUGCCAUCUUGGGUGAGCCGAAUUGUCUGCCCAAUGGUGCAAACAUCAGCGCGUGUACCUCAGUCAUGAUUCAGGUGGAGGCCAACAUGACUAACUACAGCUACGAGGCAGAAAUUGAAUUCAUUUCAAAAAAGGAAUGGGAAGAUGAUAUAAAAUCUCAUCAGGAUGUCAUGUCUGAUGAAAAUGACAACAAAAAUGAAGAAUUAGUCAGGGUGGCAACUGCAAAAAUUCAGGCCUUUUACGGAAAAUAUGGAGUUGGGAAAAGUUUAAAAGACCUGAUGAAAGGGGAGCAUUUCCGAGAAAUUCCAGAAUUUCUAUCACCAACAAACACUGUUAAGAUGAUUUCAUGUGGCACGGCAUCAGAGCUUUCUGGAAAGAUUGCCUGUUACACAAGGAGUGAUAAUAAGAUGGAAGUAAAACACUACUGGCCACUUGUGAAGUGUGUGACAAUUAAGGUGCCCAACACCAAAGAGCUUCUGGAACACAUUGUGCUGUUGGAUCUUCCUGGAACUGGGGACUGCAACAAGACCAGAGAUAAUAUGUGGAAAUCGCAUUUAAGUCAGUGCUCGUCUGUGUGGAUCGUGAAUGACAUCCAACGGGCCGCCUCUGAAAGAGAGCCAUGGAUGAUUUUGGAAAGCAGCUUCAGUUAUCUGAUACAAGGCGGAGAAUGUGAGAAUAUCACCUUCAUCUGCACCAAGACAGAUGACAUCAACCCUAAGAACUACCUGGGAUCACCAGUUUUAAAGAACACUGAACUGCACCUCGACCUGGAAAAGAAAGGAGCAGCUGAGCGGAAACGAGGCUGCAUCCAGCACAGAAAUGAACAAGCUAAGAUAAUGUUGGGAGAGAGGUUCAACGACGAAGUUGUGAAAAAGAAACCUUUCAUUCAAAUGGAAAAGAUCUUCCAAGUGUUUACAGUGAGUGCUGAGGAAUUUCAGAAUGAUGAGAAUCCCAUUCUGGAACAAGAACAGACAGAGAUACCACAACUCAAACAAGUUCUGGAGGAUAUGAAUGAGAGACACUCAAAGACUGCAGUUAAAGACUAUAUAUCUGGAGUCUAUGGGAUCCUCUCUUUGAUCAAAGCGGCCAACUCCAACGACUCGACGAUGGUUGAGAUGAAAUCAAACAUGUACCAACUGCUAAAGGAUUCACUGGAGGAGCAGCUUUCUACCAUCACAUCCCUCAUGACAAAACAUUACAACGACCUUAAAAACUCCUGUCAGAGGGAGUUGCCAAUUCAAAAAAAUCAUGCUUGCAGAUUGCCAAGGAGAAAGUAAUCACACCAGAGGCAAGAAAGGAUGGCAGAGGAUACCAUCGUACAUUGUCAUCUUUAUGCAGGAAUAAGGGGUUCUGUAGGUCAACAAAUGGAGACAUCACAGACCUCAACAAAACGUUGGCUGAAUCUAUGUACGCUGCCAUAAAUGAGAAAUUUGCUGUAAUUUUCCCAAAUGCUGGAACAACAGGAGAAUCAAUCUAUAAGAAGAUCUGCAACUUCAGCAUCAUCUCAGACAACAUGGCCAAGGAGUGGGAGAACACCCCCAUGUCUCUGUAUCUGAUGUUUCUCACCACCGAGGAAAAUUUUUUGAAGGAUAAACUAAAACGAGAUGUCCUCCUGAGGAAGAAAGUGAUUUAUGAAUCUCUGACUGACGAAGUCCAGAUCAUAAUGUGCCCAUGUUAUGAGGAGGCUUCAAAGAUAUCUGGAAAGGGAACCUUGAAGAAGACUCAGGAACUCCUGGUCAAGCACAUCGACUCAUCGAAAAACCCCAUGUUUGACAAUGCUCAGAAAAGAUGUUGGAAGGUUUUGAGAACCUGAGGGAAUACAUUGAGCAGACGCUGAGAACCGAACUACUGGAGUCAUUGAAGCGGUCCCUGAAGACACCUAACAGUUUAUCUCUCCCAGAUGUCAGUGAGCAGUUGGAAAACAUGGAGACCUACAAGAUGUUGGCUCUAAGAGAGCGCACAAGCCAAAUCUGACUGUUGAGAAGAGUCAUAAAGCAGAAGUAGUGACAUGAUGGUAAACCAUUCAAAACCCUUGGCUAUAAAAUGUAUCACAUUUUCAGUA